UUUAUAUAUAUAAACACAUAUAUAAAAGCCGUCGAUCCCUAAUUUCUCUCUCUUUCGUUAUUCUUUUUCAAUUAUAUUCAAAAAUGAACUUAUCAAAACCAUCGUCGUAUGUCGUAUUCUCAGGUGGAUCAGCCUGUAACCAUAUUUUAGACGGCUUUCAUAAGACAGCUGCCAACGACGUUACCUACUUGCUCUCCAUUUCAGAUGACGGUGGCUCAUCCAGUGAACUUUUGCGUGUGUUGGGCGGUCCUAGCGUCGGUGAUCUGCGCUCUCGUUUAAUUCGCUUGAUGGAUGCUUUAGAUGAAAAUUCCACCAAGGAAAUGAGAGCCAUUAAAGAUUUAUUAAGCUAUCGAUUACCUAUUGAUAAAAAUCACCAACGAGUUCGUGAUGAGUGGGCUUUGAUUGUGGAAGGUCGUCAUAGUCUUUGGAAUGAUAUCUCUAUUGAAAAACGAGAAGCAAUUCGUGGAUUCCUCACAUUGUUUGAUUUUGAGAUUUUAAAAAGAGCACACAAACGAUUCAAUUUUUGUAAUGGUAGCAUUGGAAACUUCUUCUUGACAGGCGCUCGAUUAUUUACUGGAUCAUUGGAAGCUGCGAUAUUCUUAUUUGCUUCAAUUAUCGGAAUUACAUCAGUACCAACGUCAGUUGUUCCAGUGAUUAAUACAAACCAAACGGUCACUAUCGCUGCUUCUUUAAUGAAUGGUGAAACAUUAGUCGGACAAUGUGAAAUCUCCCAUCCGUCUCCUAAGCAACCUCAAAGAAAGAAUGGUGCAUCUACCCCACGAAGAAAAAGAACAAACCCAAUUGAUGCAUUCUCCUGCUUUGAGGAUCCUUUUAGUACAAUGUCCAUGACUUCAAUGAAUGACCAACAAACCACCAAAAUGUUAAAUGAUGACGAUAACUCAAAUGACAAUUUAUUCUUUUCGAAACAAGUAGACCAAAAGUUAGAUUCGCCUAUCGAUAGAAUUUAUUAUAUUAAUGAAUUCGGUCAAGAAAUCUAUCCUGUGCCUAACCCAAAAGUGGUGAGUCAUUUAUCAGCCAAAAAGACGCUUGUUUACUCUAUUGGCUCUUUGUAUACAUCACUGAUCCCCUGCCUCGUUUUACGUGGUAUCGGAAAUGCGAUUUCUCAAUCCCAGAGUUUGAAACACAAGGUGCUAUUACUAAACGGUACCAACGAUCGUGAAACAAGUGAUUAUACCGCAUUGGAUUUUAUCAAUGCCAUCACAUCCGCGUUAAAUGAGAGUCAAAGAAUAGACGCACGCCGUGCCUUUUAUCAAUCCUGUGAUGAUGAAGAAGAGGAAGAUGACGAUGAUUACAUCCCUGAAUAUUCGAACAGCAGAACAAGCAGUGUUACUAGCACCACAAUUAAUACCCCACCUUCAUCCUACUCCAUGAAUAGUCAUCUAUCAACAAUGGCUAUCGGAAGUAUGCCUGGUUCCCCAUCGCAUCAUUAUCCCCCUUUCCCUUCCAACUCAUUUUACCCAAGCCCGAUUUCAGCAUUCAUUACACACAUGGUGUAUCUCGACAAUAGUGCAAUCAAAGUUGACGUCAACGCUAUUGAAAAACUUGGUAUUAAAUGCAUCUGCAUGAAAGGUUCUACCUCUGAUAUAGGAGAGCCCAUCUAUCACGAAACCUACUUUACCGAAACGAUAGAACAAAUUGUAAAUAACUAAAAUCCCCUUCCCCAAUCCCCUUCUUUGUACUAUACUCAUUCAACAAAAAACAACAACAAAAAACAAACAAUAUACUCUUUCUUUUUUUCAUAUCUUCAUAUACAAUUAUAAUAAAAACAUAUCUAAUAUUUGCCUUACAUAAAAAAACUUUAGGUAUUUGAUUCUUUGCUUGCUGAUCGAGAC